GAUCGCUAUCAUGGUCAAGGGGGCGGGGGCGACGCUGCCAGUGCAGACGGUGGUCUUUACUGGCACCUUUGAGGGCGGGAAUCGCAAGGAGGUGGAGGAGGCGGCCCGAGCCAAUGGCUUUCGUGUCGUUGGCAAGAUCUCCGACAAGGUGGAUCUGCUCGUCGUUGGCGGUGUUCAGGACCCGCACGGCGCCAAAUGGGCCGAUGCCAGCUCCCGUGGAAUUACUAUUUUGAGCGAAGAUGCUUGGCGCGCGCGCAGUCAGCCUCAGACCGCAAAGAAGCGUGCCCCGGUCAAGAAAAGCAGCGCCGCUCCCAAAAAGGAACGUGCACCGGCAGCAUCCAAAAAGAGCUCGGCGUCUAGCGCGGCCAAACGGGCCUCGGCCGCCGCAGAGCCUGGAGUGGCCCGCACAAAGGGCACAGGCACCCCAGUGCCCUCCUAUCGAGUGACCAACGUCGUGUUCACAGGCACUUUUGCCGGUGGCAAGAGGCAGGUCAUUGAAAAUCAGGCCCGUGAAGCCGGCUAUCAAGUCGCGAGCAAAGUGUCUGGCAACACCCACGUUCUCGUGGUCGGUGGCGUCAAGGACCCUCAAGGUGCCAAGGUCGAUGAUGCACACCGUCAUGGCGCGCUCGUGGUGACCGAGCCUCAGUGGGAGGAAAUGGUUCGGAACAAGGCCAAUGAUCCCGCCAAGCCUGCCAAGGACACCGAGGAGGCCGCGCCCAAGCCCAAAUCGGCCAAGGUCCAGCCCGGUCAAAAAAAGGCCACCUCGACCAAGUCUCUGACCGUCGUGUUCACUGGCACAUUUACCGGUGGCACUCGCAAGGAGAUUGAGGCUCAAGCCGUGGCUGCUGGCCAUCAUGUCGUCGGCAAGGUCUCGGGCAACACCGACGUCCUGGUCGUCGGUGGUGCCAAGAACCCGCAAGGGGCAAAAGUGGACGAUGCCCAAGCCAAAGGUGUCAAGGUGCUGAGCGAGCCCCAAUGGGCCAUGCGCCUCAACAAUGGCGACGAAAGUGAUGAUGACGAUGACGAAGAUGAUGCGGAUCGGGAGGAUGCUGGUGGCAAUGAUGAUCCCGACCAAGGAGGUCCCGACCUCUCCCCGUACCAAGCGCAGAUUGACGCCAGCAAGCUGGACAUCCUGGCAGCCACGGUGGUGGAAGAGGAUGAGCGUGAUCAUCCCACCUGCCCCAGCCAGCUCGUGGGCCACCCAUACUGGCCUCAGGAUCGGAUCAACGAGUACCCGCGGGAUGAGUCUAAUCAGCCCAUGAUGCUACUGAUGCAGGUCAAUCUGUCCGUCUCGCCGCCGCUGGCACAGUUUCCCGAGACGGGAGUAUUGCAGCUCUUUGCCACAAUGUACGACGACCUUGGAGGCAUGAACAUGGACGACCCGUUUGAUCAAACCAACUUUCGAGUCAUUUAUCACGAGUCCUUCAACGCCGCACCUGUCACCGAGUGGGGCUUUCUGGACAAUGCCAUUACCAAUGCCGAUAGCAUAAACUAUGAGGAGGAUGCCCGUGUACCCAAGUUUCUGCGCCUCUCCUUGCAACAAAUGGCUCCAGACUGGUCCGAUUAUCGGUUCGAGCGCCUGCUGGGUCCACUCAAGAACGACGACGACCUUGCCGACCAUUAUCGCGAAGAAUACGACGCCCCGCGCAUUCGACUGGGAGGGUAUUCUACGUUUGUCCAGUGGGACCCGAGGCCCGAGCAUGGCCUCGGCGAGGCCCUGACGCUGUUGACGAUCGACAGCGCCGAGGGUUUCUGCUGGGGUGACUGUGGGUGCGCCACUGUUUUGAUUCCCGAGCAAAACCUUCUCAACCGGGACUUUGCUCGGGCUGCCUUUUGGUGGGAUUGUGGCUAA